AUGCUCGCCAGAAUACGAAAUCGACAGAAGGCGCCAGUCACACCGCCAGACCCAGAGGGCAUCAACUAUACACAGGAGCAUGUUUCCAUUGCGCGUACUAUCCGGAGGAGACAGAAAAUCUUGGGCGAGGUAUGGCGGCGUUUGCCCACUAUCCAGUGGGUACUAAUAUUGGCAGGUAUGGGGUGGUUAUUAGCGUUACCGUAUGAAGGCCUCUGGAGGGGGACGUAUGUCGAUGAGCAUGCUUUACAACCAGCUCAGGUGACGGUGUAUUUUGAUUGGGCGAAUGUACAUAAGGCAGAUUUGUAUUUGGGAGAGCUGGAGAGGAUUGACAAUAUCACUUUUGAAGAGCGUACAGAAUACCUUCAAAGAUCAUUCUCAGAAUCUGGUCUGCAUACGAGUAAUACGUCUACGGCUACAUACGCGCAUGUGUCACCGCCGCGGUCGGCAGGGACGGAGACGAUAUUGGUUUCGGCAAAUUGGGUAUCGAGGGAUGGGGGGCCUAAUUUGCGGGGGAUAGCGACACUAUUAGCGAUGGGAGACUUUAUGAGAGGUCAGAAUUACUGGGCGUUCGACUUUGUCUUGGUCAUCGGGGAGGGCUACCAAACUGGCCUGGCGGAUUUCAUGGAGGAAUAUAGCAGCUUGUUUUCAGGGAAGGUAUGGACAGGGGUGAAUAUCGAUUAUCCAGGACAUUCAUUCUCCCAUCUCGGUCUCUUCUAUGAAGGAACGAAUGGCCGUCUCCCGAACCAAGAUACUCUCAACACCUUCUCCCGCGUUGCCGACUCUAUAGGCGUCCCUGUGCGAUACCACAACAUUCCGGACGAGGUUGAGGUAUACCGCUGGCCGUUUGGGUGGCUGGGGCAAUAUCUGUUGGCGGCGAAACAUCUUUUGCAUCAUCUUGCUUAUGCUGGGCUCGGGAGAGGGAGUGGAGGACAUGGUCCUAUGGCUCGACAUAGGAUCGAUUCGUACACCAUCUACGCUGCCCCCGCCACCGGUCCUCACGGCUUCCACUCCCUCGGCCGUACGCUCGAAUCCACCCUCCGCUCAUACAACAACCUCCUCGAACGACUGCACGCUUCCUACUUUUUCUACCUGCUACCGAGACUGGGGAGGUUUCUUGAAGUGGGCAAGUACUUGCCGGCGGCGGUGCUUAUGGGGGCGGGGUUGACGUUGGGGGGGUUGGAUGUGCCGAAGCCGUUGGAGGCGGUGGGGUUGCUUGGGGCGGGAGGGGUGGUGGCGGGUUGUAUCUGGCUCUGGCCGUUGGUAUAUGUGCUGCUGCCGCUGUUGAGCCGAGUACCACGCUCGACCGACGACGGUCGCAAAUCGACCGAAUCACUCCUCCUUCUCACCUACGGCGCCCUCGUCCCCACCCUCGCCAUGAUCAACUUUCCACAGGCUGUCAUCCUUGCUCUCAUCUCGAUUAUCUCGCUCAAAAUGCACAGAUGGGUGAGGUUUGGGACGAGCUUGGUGAUAGUGGUGGCGAUGCCGGUGGUGUUGAGGAAGACGGGGAUGGAUAUGGGGAAGGAGUGGGAGGAGGUGGGAAAUCUGGUGUGGCCGGGUGUUCAUGCGGUGUUGCUGCCGCUGUGCUUGGUUAAUUGUGUGUUGACAAAACCGUUUUGA